AUGAAAACCUCGCGGAGUGCAGAUGCGGCUCUGGGAACAAUUUUAGCUACUGGAACUUCUCCAAGUAAAAGACGACGUGUGGAGAGAAGGAAUAUGUACAAUCUUUGGAAACAAGAAAUUGCCCAUUUUGUGGAUGCCUCCAUGGCAGCAGAAACAAUCACAAUCACAACAACAACAACACCAGUGGUGAAUAAUAUAAGUCAUUCAUCUGGAAUAAAUAAUGGAGGGUUUACUCGAGAAGAAAUUGUGUUGAACACAUAUCGUCUCUUGCGUGCUUGUUGGUUUUUCCGUGGCGAUCCCGGCGAUACGUUUGAGCCUGUGCGAUCGAUGAACUUCAUCACACAGAAACUCCUAAUGAAGUAUGGAGGAUAUACGUUAACCAAUGAUGGGCAAUAUCUUUUUCUUGCAAGUGAGGAGAAAAUGUCGCGUGUUGGAUUUCUUCUCUUUAUUCUCCAUCAAUUAUUAAUGGAAUACGGUGGUUUCACCACUGUACAAUCACAACAUCAACUGAAUGUGAAGAGAGGAAUGUCAUGUAUGGAUCCAACAAGACUCUUCACUGGAGAGACGGAGUGGUGUAUAGUGACAGUGAGAGGUGAUUCUCUUGUUGGAUUUGGGGCUAAUUCAAACUGUUUAGAGCCCUUACAAAAUCAUCACAUGUUAUUUAUGCAGGAUUUAUUACGUAAUGUAAUUCAGACAACAUCUCCUAAAGUGAUACUAUUGGGAAAUACAGUAUUAACAAUGAAUGAUGUUCACUUACUUGCUAAUAACAGUCUUCACGCGGAUUGUUUUGCGGCGCAACACUAUAAUGGACAUCAUAUUGCUUGUUUUAUUCCCAGUAAAAGAGAUGCGUGGGGAACAGGAAAAGGAAGAGAAAGAGGAAUGGGAAUAACAACAACAGCAUUAGUGGGAGAUGUGGAGUUUGAGGAUUGUCUUGGACAUGCCGUUAGUUGUGGAUCGCGACGAACAGAGAAUGGAAUUGUACAUGCCGUUCUCCUUAGUCCCGUAGGACCACUACUAAUUCAUGCGGAAUGGUACAAUGGAAACACUAAUAAUAAUAAUAAUAAUAAUAAUAAUAAUAAUAAUAAUAAUAAUAAUAAUAAUAAUAAUAAUAAUAAU